AUGUUUACUGCCGGACGUGUCUCAAAUACAAACACUCAAAGUUUGGUAACCGUUGCUCCCAGCAUUGCCUUCGAUCCGAAAACUGGUGUUAUACCGGUUAACAAAGCGGGAGAAGGCAAUAUUAUUUCUGGAAACGAAGUAGCAAACGCUUCAACGGAUGACAAAACCACGUCGUUCUUCAAAGAAGGCGUUUCAGUGAUGUUGAUCAUGGUUGGGUCUGCAUUCGCAAUCCUUACGUUCAUAGCUGGCUUUGGUAUCGCUGUUAGAAUAUUCAAACCAAGCUCCAAGAGAGUGCGGGUCCGAGACAUGCCACAUACGCGCCGAAUGGAUGAUUAUGAUUAGACCACACUAUCCCAGUAUAUGUUAUUGUUAUUUUAGACUCACAUUUUAAAAGUGAUAAGAAU